AAAAGUUCCUACGAACGACGGAUAGAAAAUUGAAAAUUUUCCAACGACGCGCAAGCAUACAUAUAUAUACAUUAUCAUAUGUAUACUAUAGAUUUACUUAAACAGCCAAACUAAGACCUCUACCUAUACCUAUACUAUAUAUAUACAUAUAUAGAUAUAGUAGAUUUGGAGAAGUCGCAGAGUUUUGAAUUGGGGCGACUUCUUUGAAAUGUGGCCAAGUUUUUGGCUGUUGGCUAGUAAAAAGUGAAAGUCAAUAAAUAUUGCGAAAUCGCGCGUGUGAUCGAACAUAUAUAGAAUUAUUGUACUACGAAUUCUAUAGCGCGUGUGUUUGUGCCAAGAUUGCGUUGCGUUGCGUUCUUUUUGUUGUGUUCAAGUUAAAACGAACCGCGGUGGGAUCAACUGAUCGUCGAGACCACAGAAGAAGGAGAACGCAGCUGGCAGCAGUUCUUUGUGUUCGAUCUGCCUCUUUGGGGGCACUAAAAGAAAAGUCGCAUUAAAACCAAACGAUCAACGGCGAAGGCGCAACACAAAGUAAACAACAAGUGCAAUAAAUCGACUGCAUUUCACAUACCAGCGGAUUGUUCUUUGUUCUUCGGCAAGAAUGGGCAAUGCCGAGUCCACGCAGACAUCGAAUGAAUCAGCGCCAACGUCGAGUGACGAGCCGCGCUGGACUGAGAUCGAGCAUGAGAAUCUAAUUCUACAGCAGCUGCCGACGGAGAAGCCAACAACAGACAUGGAGGAGGCGUCAGCAGGAGAAACUAUAGCUGAAACUGAUCGUGAACAAUCGCUUGAGGAGUUCAAGGAGGAGUUGCAAAGCAAGCGAGAGGCUCGACUGAGUGCAGUGCAGAAUAUGCGCGAGGAGAUGGCAAAAUUGCGUCAGCAAUUGGCUGCUGAGCAGGCGGAGAAUCAACGACUGCGUCACAAAGCGGGAGAGCCGCCCAAGGUAGCCGCAGAGGUGGAGGAAGAGUCGGAAGUGAAGACGGAGUCGCAGACCGUGGAUGAGGAUGAUGAGAAUCCGAGCAGUCGCAGUCGACAUGCCAAUAUUGAACUAGCCAAUGCGCAGCUUGCUCUGCAGCUGGCCAAUGCGGAUAAUCUGUCGUUGCGGGGUGAAGUGGAGGUGGUGCAACGCCAGGUGGGCACACUCAAGGAGGUCAUCUGCUGUUGCAAGCAGAUGCUCAGCGUCAAGGAGGAGCAGUGUGCACAGCUCAAGAUGAAGCUCCAGGAAAUUGAGAACUCGUUCAGUGAGCGGGAGAUGAAGAUUAUGUCCAACAAUCUGAGGCAGGAAUACGAGCGUCAGUUGGUCAACAUACGACAGCUAAGACAACUGUACGAAGAGCGUCAGAGAGUUGCAGCAGCGGAGUACGAGAAUCUCCAGCGUUUGAUCUCGAUCAAGAAGGACGAACUGAUUGCCGAGCAGGAGAAAACAAAGAGCUUCGAGGAGCGCAAUCAGCUGCUCAACAAGGAACUGGAAACAGCCAACGAGGAGCUGGCCAAGUUGCGCGAGGAAUGCGGUGAACACAAGUUCGAGAAGCGCGUGCUCAAGGAACAAGUGAGCGCCGUUAAUCUGCUCUUUAGCCAGCUGGUCAUGGGUUUCAAUGGCAAACAUAAUAUGGAUAUCGAUCGCUUGACCCUAAUGCUGGAGGAGAAUCGCGAUCUGUUAAAUGAAAUGACCCAAGCCGAGGGCAGCUGCAGCGAUGGCGCCACACUGCCCAAAUUACUCUUCGAGCUAGUUGAACAGGCGGCUAAGUCCGGACAACCGGCGGAAAGCGACAAAAGCCGCAGCGCAACGCCAACUCCAGAAGCAGGAGAGGAACCUGCUGCUGUUGAGGUCAUGAACGAGGACUUCACCGACAGUGUCAAGCGGGAGCCAAGCGCCAGGAAGCUGAAGAGAAGGCAGAGUGGAGGCGCUGGAGCUGGAGCUGCGGCUUCGUUAAAAAGCCAUGAGCCCGAAAUUAUGGGCAAAGUUGCCACGGCGCAAGAAAUCAUUGGCAACUUGCCAAAAGUUUGGAAAGUGUUGAUGGAGCUCUUGAGUCACCACAAAAUCGAGCGCGUGCAGUUUGAAGAGCUGCCGGCAGCUGUGUCAGCCACAACAUCAGGAGCAACAGCAACAGCAGCAUCAACAGUGGGAGUGGGAGCAGGAGCCAAGGCUGGAGAGCUGAGCGUCAGCAAGACCUACAUCAAGCUGAAGGAUCUGAUUAUGGAGAAAAAGUCGUUGGUGAAGGAGACGAAUCGACUCAAGACUCUCAACUGUCACCUGGAUAACAGGCUCAACGAGCAGGAGAAACGUUUGAGUGCCGUGAGCUUAGAGUUAACAAAGACCUGGCAUCUGGUGGGCAAAAUGCAGCGACAGCAUCGACAGCUGCACACCCAGGAGCAAAUUCUGCGCUAUCAAUUGCAGCAGAAGCGACGCUUGCUUAGCGAGCUUAAGGAUGAGUUGGAGUACUGUCGUCGCAAGUGGGCUUUAGCCCGGGCCAAGCACGAUGAGAGCCAGGAGCUGUGCAACGAUUGGCGUCGCGAGUUUGCGCGUCGUAAGCUCGAGGAUGCCAAUCACUCGGCGGAAAGCGGUUACAGUGACUCUGGACCGCAGUCCGAUGAGGAUUCCGCUCGCGCUGCGGGCGGUGAUAAAAUAGCUGCUGCAGUGGGAGCUGCUUCAGCUGUGGAGCCCUCUUCAUCUGGCCAUUGCCGGCGCAAGCAUUUGAGGGAUCAAUUCGAGCACACACGUAAAAUCAAGCGCAUGCAGAGCACUUCUCCUGGACGCCAGGCAGCUGCCCAAGAAGAUGAGGGUGAGGAGAUUGUGCUGCGUUGGAACAGCGCUCCACCCACUUGUGGCUGGCGUGAGUAUGAGAUCGAAGAUAUAGCUGAUGAUGAUGAUGAGCUGGCCGAUGACACGGAGGAUGUUGCGUCGACUUCCCGCGGCGCUGUGCCCAAGGCUACGCACAGUUCACGGAGUAGGCAGCGGGGCAAGCUUGAGCUUGACUCAUCUUCGCCUGGCCCUGCAACCGAUGCUGGCACCGCGAGUCGCAUUCAGAAGCUGGAGGAGCAGUGCAAGUCGCUAAUUCAGCAGGUGUUAGAGACCUCCGGCAAUCGCGAACGUCUCGAGAUACAGCUCUGUCGCUUCCAGGACGAAAUUUCACCAGCCCAACAUGCUGUGCCCUUGGAUGAGUUCAUCAAUCGCAAGCGCCUGGAGCGCAUGACGCGAGCUAGCUCUGCACCAGCAACAGGCAGCUUGACACCACGUGAGGAGGAAUACACACGCAAGCGCUCGGAGAGAUUGGGUCGCUUGGAGGAGGAGUCUCGUCAGUUAUUGUCGCGGAUCAAGCGCACCACAGACCGCGGACACUACCUAAAAAAAUCACUGGAUCGCAUACGCCGUGCACCAAGUCGCGAGGCUAGCUUUGAGAGCAACACCGAGGAGGAACCCAAGGAGGAAGCAGCAGCCGUCCAAGAGCAGCCUUUAACAUCGCAGUCGCCACUCACCGCCGAGGAGGAAGCCUAUACGUCCCGUCGAGCUGCACGUCUGCAGCGCCUGGAGCAGGAGAGCCAACAACUGUUGACACAACUCUCUAGGAAUACGGAACGGGGCGAAAGUCUUGCCAACCGAUUGGAUACCCUCCACGAACGUCAUGAUAAUGUGGAGCAGCAGGUUCAGGUCAGAGAAACUACUCCAACAGCGACACCUGAAACGGUGACCAGCAUAUCUUUGACAGUCGAACAGCGCCUGGAGGAUAUUGAGCGCGUCUCUGCCAAUCGUGCCGAGCGUUUGCGACGUUUGGAACAGCAAGGCAAUGAGUUAAUCGCACGCCUGAGCAACACUUCCGAGCGUGGCACUGCAAUGAUUAAUCGCAUUGCGGAACGGGAAGCAAAUCGCAGACAGGAGGCGGAACUGGUGGAGCAAGCGAUGCCCACAGAGGAGGCCACAAGCAGCAGCAUUGCCAGCACUUGCAUUGUGGAUAAUGUGGGCGAGGUUACCGAUGAAGCUGCCUGCUGUGUGACUGUCACCACUACAUCCAGUCAGCUGGCCAUUCAGCAACAGUCCACCGGUGCUAUACCCAAGACUACCAGCAGUUCUAAUCGGAGUCAGAGCUCAAAGCCGGUUGCUCAGCUGUGUGCAGCAUUGCGUCACGAUGAUGCCACCAAAAAGCGGAGCAGCAACACUACUGCGGACCAGGAAAACGUCUCCGAUAUGCCGAAGAAUGAAGCGGAAUCCUUGGAAGAUAUGGUGCAACGACUGCGAGCGAUUCCCUAUCCAGCAGAAGGGCUGCAAAAGGAGGAAAGUGAGCAGCAGAAAGAACAAGAAACAGAAAAGGAGGCAUUUAAAGAGGAUGCCAAAGCUGAGAACGACUCUGAAGACAACGAAGCAAAAGAUGGAAAAAAACGAUGAAUGCCCUAAGGAAGAAUAAGAGUUAAUCUGUGAAUGAGGAAUCGAAGCUGUAGAGAGAUGAAUGAGAAUGAGAAAGAACGAGAAGCAAACGCUUUAAGAAGGAAUUUAGCAAGAAGGAUACUUGCAAUACCCAAAACGAAUAUGUUCAUUAGAAUUUACUUUAUAAUUACGAAUACAAAUACUCGCUCUUAAAACUGCGUCACAUUCAAUCAAUUGCCAAAUAAACUAUUUCUAUAUCUAU